AUGAUUGUUGUGCAUUUUUUAAUUACAGAAAAUAAGGCUACAUGUGAAUGGGAGGCCACGGGUUCGCUAUCCACUACAAGUUUACGUGUCUUCAGUACACCCCGACCUGUCCGAAAGCGACCUGAAGAGUGUGUUCGAAGCUUUUGGGGAAGUAGUGAAGUGUCAGCUAGCACGCCAGAGUGCGACAGGCAAAGGAAGUCAUCGGUACGUGCAUUAACAAGGAAUUUUCCUCAGUACUCCCAAAUGUAUGAUUUUAGUGGCUUUGGAUACAUUGAAUUCAAUAAUGCAGCAGCAAUGAAUGAAGCUAUAGCGGGAAUGAAUAUGUUCGAUCUCGGAGGACAGUUCUUAAGAUCACUGCUUAACAUUUUUUUUCAUGUGGGACGGUGCAUAACACCUCCAGAAGCGCUGACAUAUUUAUCCCCUCAAACUCAAGGAGCGCUACCGACUGCAGCUGCUCAAGCUGCUGCAGCAGUUACAGCAAAAGUGAUGGCCGCUGAGGCAUCUGGAGCUGUUAAACAUCAGGGAUCAGGCUCAAAUUCACCUCGAGCAAUGAGUCCUGCACCAGCUACACCUCCGCUGCUACCUCCACCUGGUAUUGCGUGUCCAUCUCCGCCAACAAUUACUGUUCCAACUCUGUCACAACCGAAGCUCACUGUGCCACCACCACCUGUCGCUGUAGCUACACCGCACCUCUACAAUCCUCCACCCAUAGCCCAGGUCCCACCAGUCUCUUACCCUCCGGUAGACUACGGCGUCCCACCGCCUCCGCUAAACGGAUAUCCAUCUAUAGCACCUCCUAUCAGUGUUCCUCCGGUACCUCCACCACCUGCUACUCAACGGGGCUUUGGAGGCUUUGCUGCGCCGGUGGCUCCUCCGCCAGUUGCUCCUCCAUCAGCUCAGUAUGCGAGUAUGCCCCCUCCACCUCCACCUGCUGCUCGCCCACAACCAACAGCACCUAAAGGAGAAAGAUCUUUCGAAGAGAAGAUGGAGCGAAUUUUGGAAAGGACGAAAGCAAAACAAGAAGCUAAAUUGGCGAUGCCGGUAACGUUUGGUGCAAUAGAUCCA